CCUGGCUGUGAGUAAGCAUGUGUACUAACUAUUUCAGAGAGAGAAAAGAAGAGAGAGAAAGAGAGACCCUCGAAUGAUGAGUAACGAAUUUAAAACCCCCCUCUCCUUCUCUCUCUUUCUCUCUCUGUAAUCAGAGAAAGAGGAGAGAGAAAAGGGCUUUAAAUCCGUCGGUUACCACGCAUACAAUAUACGUACUUGAGGUUGGUUGGCUCCCUUAUCGAUCUUCUUCUAAAACAACGCGAACCUCCCUUUUAAUUGCUCACUCACUCCACUCCGAAAUUUCAUUUCAUUAAAAAAAUUUAUCACUCUCUCUCUCUCUCUCUCUCUCUCUCUCUAUAAAUAUAUCUCUCUCUAUAUAUCUAUAUUUAUAGAUAUUUAUGCCGAUAUCUCCGAUUUUCCGGCCGACGAGGCGGCUCUGUUCAAAAUGAAAUGAAAUGGGUAUUGUUUAAACAAUGCGUUACAUGCUCAAAAUCGGAGCAUCGAUUUUCAAAUCAGAAUUCAAAUCGAAAUCUUCUGGGCGCGAGUUCUUCUUCUUUUGCUGUAUUUUGUUGGGUUUUUUCGAAUAAUAUGACGGGAAUAGCUGAUUUUCAAAAGCUUCUUGAGGACAAGUACUACUAUUGUUAUAAUCACUACUACCACCUGCGCGACAGUUGCCGGAGGUGUUGGUGACUCCUCCGACGAUGAUGGACUACGGCGGCGGAGGCGGGGGGUCGGGAGGCGAUCACCACGAUGCCUCCGACCCUCACCGGAAGAAGAAACGUUACCACCGCCACACUGCUCACCAGAUUCAGAGACUUGAAGCGAUGUUCAAAGAAUUUCCUCAUCCAGAUGAAAAACAGAGAUUACAGUUAAGCAGAGAGUUGGGCUUGGCUCCUAGACAGAUUAAAUUUUGGUUUCAAAACAGAAGAACCCAAAUGAAGGCUCAACAUGAACGAGCCGAUAACUGUGCACUCCGGUCUGAGAAUGAUAAGAUUCGAUGUGAAAACAUAGCAAUCAGAGAGGCUCUAAAAAAUGUGAUAUGCCCCUCUUGUGGAGGUCCUCCCGUUGGCGAAGAUUCGUAUUUCGAUGAGCAAAAAUUGAGAAUGGAAAAUGCCCAGUUGAAAGAAGAGCUUGACAGAGUUUCGAGCAUAGCUGCCAAGUACAUAGGAAGGCCCAUUUCUCAGCUCCCAUCCAUACAGCCAAUUCACAUGUCUUCAUUGGAUUUAUCGAUGGCAAGUUUCGGAGGCCAUGGGAUGAGUGGUCCUUCACUUGAUCUUGAUCUUCUCUCUGGUGGUUCGGCGACUAUCCCCAAUCCGCCUUUUCAGGCAACAAAUUUUACAGAAAUGGAUAAAUCCGUCAUGGCUGAUAUUGCUGGUAGAUCAAUGGAUGAAUUGAUCAGACUUUUGCAGACAACGCAGACAAACGAACCGUUGUGGAUGAAGUCCACAGCUGAUGGGAGGGAGGUUCUUAACCUCGAAAAUUAUGAGAGGAUUUUCCCGAGGGCUAAUACUCACUUGAAAAAUCCCAAUGUUCGGGUUGAAGCAUCAAGAGAUUCAGGUGUAGUGAUAAUGAAUAGUUUGGCAUUGGUUGACAUGUUUAUGGACUCGAACAAAUGGGUGGACCUAUUUUCCACAAUUGUCUCGAGGGCUAGAAUAAUUGAAGUAAUAUCUUCUGGAAUGAUGGGUAGCCAAAGUGGUUCCUUGCAACUGAUGUACCAAGAGUUGCAAGUGCUUUCUCCAUUGGUACCAACUCGACAAUUCUAUUUCCUACGUUUCUGUCAGCAAAUCGAACAAGGCUUGUGGGCAAUAAUUGAUGUUUCAUAUGAUUUACCUCAAAUGAACCAAUUUGCCUCUCAAUGCCGGUGUCAACGGCUGCCUUCUGGAUGCUUGAUUCAAGAUAUGCCUAAUGGGUACUCCAAGGUUACUUGGGUGGAACACAUGGAAAUAGAAGACAGAACCCCAAUUCAUGCUCUUUACAGAGAUCUCAUACACAGUGGAUUGGCAUUUGGUGCAGAACGAUGGCUUGCUACUCUUCAGAGGAUGUGCGAAAGAUUCGCUUGUUUGAUGGUGACAGGCACGUCAACUCGUGAUCUUGGAGGAGUGAUUCCGUCUCCCGAUGGCAAACGAAGCAUGAUGAAACUUGCCCAGAGAAUGGUGAACAACUUCUGUGCAAGCAUCAACCCAUCGAACGGCCACCAAUGGACCACUCUCUCUGGUGUGAAUGAAACAGAAAUCCGAGCCACUCUUCAUAAGAGCACGGACCCUGGACAGCCCAAUGGCGUGGUUCUUAGUGCAGCUACUACAAUUUGGCUUCCAAUUUCUCCACAGAAUGUCUUCAAUUUCUUUAGAGAUGAAAGAACUCGUCCUCAGUGGGACGUGCUAUCCCAUGGCAAUGCCGUCCAGGAGGUUGCCCACAUUGCGAAUGGGUCUCAUCCAGGGAACUGUAUAUCUGUUCUUCGGGCCUUCAAUACCAGCCAGAACAAUAUGUUGUUACUCCAAGAAAGUUGCAUAGAUUCAUCGGGUUCGCUUGUUGUCUACUGCCCGGUGGACCUACCUGCCAUCAAUAUAGCAAUGAGCGGCGAGGAUCCUUCAUACAUACCACUGCUGCCAUCAGGGUUCGCCAUUUCACCGGAUGGGCGGCCCGACCAAGGUGGGGACGGAGCGUCGACAAGCUCCAACACUCAUGGGGUGAUGGGUGGUAGGUCAGCAGGUUCACUUAUUACUGUAGUAUUUCAAAUACUAGUGAGUAGCUUGCCAUCUGCUAAGAUGAGCCCGGAGUCGGUGACGACCGUUAAUAACCUUAUCAGCUCCACUGUCCAGCAAAUUAAAGCUGCCUUGAAUUGCACUAGCUAGUUCCUGAUGAGGUUCUGUUGCUCCCACAACUGUCCACCAUAUUUAAAUACACAGGAGAAAAAAUUCAGAGUCCUCUUCAUGUUGGUGGUAUUGAAUGAAGGUGGAACACUAUUGGGUUAGUUGGGACUUUGAAUGCUCCAUCAUCAAUAGCUGAAGCUGACUUAUUGCUGCUGCUGCUGCUUCUCUGGCUGGUGUUGCUGUUUUUGCUGCCAAACCUCAUUACAGUUUACAACAACUUCACUUCAAAAAAUUUCUUUUUUCUUUUUAAAUUUUUUAUUUCUAUUUUCUUUGAGUGUUUGUGUUUAAUCCCUUUUUUUAUUUUUGGGUUUGUCAUUUUCAUUUGGGUUUGGAGGGUUAGGCUUUAAAAGAGGAAGUCAAGAACGCACCAUACGUGAAUUUCCUGCUGUGGGGUCACUCUGUCUUUGUCACUGUUACAUUUUUUUCCAUUUGCUUUCCGUCUCUCUCUUUCUUUGCCUUACUCAACACAGCAAGAAUAAUGUAUGGUUCGGGUAUUGACUUCUGUUCAUGGACUUUUUAUCAUCUAUCUAUGGAGCUAUCUACAGGAUCAUCUACUAAUUUUCACCUC